AAAAUGCCCGCAAAGUUCUAGUAGCCUUUUUAGAAGUAGCUCGGGAAAAACUAAAUCAAGGUGAAACCAUUAAUUUUAAAGGAUACUUCGCCCUAAAAAGAAGUUCCACCCCCUCCUCCGGUAAUAAAAACUGUGAUGAACACCAUAAAGAAUUAGAGAAGUUUAAACAAGCCAACAAGGGCAAAGGCAUUACUGCUUUUACUAAAUCCAAUGUUUUUCGUAGUUUAGUAGCCAAAACCAGAAAUUGUGCUAAAUGUAAAGCUAAAAAAGAACAAUUAGCUAAAAAUGCUAAAUUAACUAAUCGGAUUAAUUUCAAACCUAGUAAAGAUUUUUGA